UUGAUAUUUGGAUAUCUGGAGGUACCUAUGAAAAGGGUAGUUUUCGACUAUUUGUCAUCGACUUGGAGAUGUCCGUUCGCCACCUGCAUCCGUGCGUACGGUGUCACGAAACAUGACUGGGAGGCGGGCGAAAUGCCCGUGUAUGUCUACGGCAAAGGUAAAGGACGCAACCGCGUUUACGCAUGGGGUUUGGCCGCCUCUGGGGCGCUUGGUGUCCGAGAGUUUCUCCAGCCGAAGACGCACAGCCGUAUUCUGAAGCAUACGUUCAAGCCAUGCUUAGUUCCUUUCAGUGAAAAACACAAAGUAAGUUAUCGGCCUUCGUAA